AUGCGAUCCCGCGACACUGCGCAAAGCGUUGUGAGGAGGCACCAGGAGCAGGGAGGGAAGAAGAGAGUGGAGGACAGGGCCUCAACGAGCCAACGCCUCGCCCUCACCCAUCGCUGCACCCAUCGCUACGCCACCUUGUCGCGGUUCGAUAACGAGCUUAAGGAGCUCGAGCGCGUGAUCAAGGAGAAGAAGCAAGCCAUCUCAGACGCCGAUAUGCAGCUGAAGAAGCUGGAGCACGACUGGCAGGCACUGGCGAAAGAGAAGCCGGCCGCCACGAACUUCAUCACUAACCUAGAGAAGCAAUAUGAUUGGAUAGCGGAGGAGCACGAGUCCUUUGGCAAGCCGGGCUCUCAGUAUGGCUUCAGAAAUGUCGAUAUCAAAAGCCUCAGAGAGAAGGCGGCGCACUGCUCUCGCGCCGACUUCCACAACGACCUAACAGCGCGCAGCGGCCCGACCACACGAACACGCCCAACACCGACGUCGCCCGGCGCGCCGCGCUCUGGCCCACUGCUCUCGACUUGUACGGCCCGGGCGGCCUCAACAGUGCGCAGCGACCCAGCGCCGCACGAGCGAGCUCAACAGCAAGUGCGCGCGAGCAGCGAGGCCACGUCGCCGGACGCGCCGCGCUUCGGCGCGCUGCUCUUGCCACGCGCGGCGACUUCAACGGCGCGCAGCGACCCGACCCGACCCAACCGUACGAACGCGCUCAACAUCGAGUGCGCGCAAGCAGCGAGGCCACGCCACGCUGGCACAACGCCGCCGGACGCGUCGCACUUCGGUGCGCUGCUCGCGACUCGCGCGGCGACCUCAACACGGAAGAGCGCGAGCAUGCGGCUGGCGGGUACAAGGGCACACUCGCAGCGCGGUGGUGCGGGCUACGAAGUGCUGCGCGCGCAAAGAUCGCGCUGCGAAGCUGGCUACGAUGGGCGCGGGCUGCGGCGCGGAACUCGGCGGGUGCAAUCUGAAGCUCAACAGGGGGGGCGCAGUUGUGCAGUGAGCGCACUCAGCUUGUGGUGCACCGACUUGUAG